UAACAAAGACAUUUUUUUUUAAUCUUUUAGUUUAGAUAAAUGAUUCCCAAAAGGAUUUCGCAUAUUUUAAACGCAAAAUACAUAAAUGCUCAAAGGGAAGAAGAAGAAGAAUUUUUAGGUUAGGAGUUGUGAUUUUGACAUAUUUACGUUGAUUCAACGUUUUAAAAUGGAAGAGCCAAAAAAGAUAUCGUUUGGCUUUAGUAAGUUAGUUAAAAAGUCAAACGUAGUUACACAAAAGCCGAAAAAACAUAAACAAGUUGAACUUAUUGAUUGCUUAGAGGGCCAGUCUAUAAAAAUAAAAGGUGCCAUUGAAGAGGAAUGUAAGUCACUAAUUAUUCCAAUAAAGGAUAAUCAAAAAAACUUAUUGGAUAGGGUAAAAGAAGCAAGAGCAAAGAAAACUCAACCAGUCAAAAAUGAAAUUAUUGAUAACAGACCAGAUUCUGAACUCACAAUAGAGGAAUUAGCUGCCAGAGAAGUAAUUAAAGAUGCUCAAAAACGAUUGGAACAAGUAACAAAUCAUACUACAAAAGUAAGUGUGUUACCAGCACUUGAAGAUAAACUGACUUUAGAGGGUGAAGCUGAACCAACUUUAGAUGAUUAUGAAAAUGUUCCCAUAAAUGAUUUUGGACUAGCCAUGUUAAGGGGUAUGGGUUGGAAAGAUGGUGAUGGUAUUGGAAAAAAUCCUGCCAAAAAUUCACUGUCAAAACCACCAGAUUUAAGACCAAAAGGUUUGGGAUUGGGCGCUAACAGACAAAUAAAAGAAAAUAAACCAAAAAGUGCUGUUGACAAAAAUGGAAAAGAACUGAUAUUAAUAAAAGGUGCUUUUGCAAAAAUUAUAGCUGGUGCAAAUAAGGGCCACUAUUGUGAAGUUCAAGGAUUAGAUGAUGAAGGCAGCCGUGUUAUUGUUAAAACUAGUUUGAAGAAUGAAAUACUUAAUGUAAAUGAAUUUUUACUUGUCCCAGUUACUAAGGAGGAGUUUGCAAAAGGAUGCAAAGUUAUUAAUAAUGCAAAAUAUGAGGAGUACAAAGAAAUCAUGGACAGGAAAUUGGAACAACAGAGGAACAUGAACUCAGAGAAAGAUUCAGAAGAGUUACAAAGCAAAAAUAAAUAUAAUGAUUACACAGAAUAUGAAGAUGAUAAAUAUGAAAAACAAAAUAGAACUGAUUAUAAAGAUUAUCCUAGUUCAUCAAGAAAGCAUUCUGAGUAUAAAUAUAAAAAUAAUGGUGUUCACCAGCAAAGAGACAAAAGUGAAGAAAGAGGAUCAAACAAGAGAACCUCAAGAAGAGACUAUAGAAGUAGUAGUGAUAGUUCAAGUGAGAGAUACAAUAAGAAAUCUGUAUUCAAUAGUGACAGCAGUUCUGAAGAUAGAAGUCGAAGCAGACAUAAAUCAAAGCAUCGCAGUAAGUCAAGAUCAUCUGACAGAAAACAUAGGAGGAAAUACAGGUCAGCAUCCAGGGAAUCCUCAAGCUAUGUGAAGAAGAAAGGCAAGAAAAAGAAGAGCAAAUCCAAAAGAAGGGAUAGCAGUGAUUCUGAAGAGUACACAAGAAAACACAGAAAAAAUAAAAGAUAAUAUGUUUUGUAAAUAUUUAUUUUUUGUACAAUAUUUGUUUUUAAAUAAACAUCAAGUGUAUUAUA